GCUUCCUACUCAAGUAGGAACGGUGUAAUGCUCAAGCCAUCUGACCGUCACACUGCCAAAUUUGUGAGGUUAUGGGUUCUGAGUCAAGUGCCUCGAAUGCCACUUAAACUUACAGAAGCCCUGAUUACUUACUUAAAAAAUCGUUAAUCAAUCAACCUAAUCAAUUCUUACUGGAAAAGAGUUCAUUGAUUCUGGUGAUUCCGCUUAUCGACACUGUCAGUGGAUUUCGACGCAAUAUAGCAUCCCUGGUUAUAAAAUCUUCAAUAGCAGACAGUGACUGCAACACAACGUCGUAAUCUAUGCAAGGCAUCAAUACAGGACGCGAAGCAGUAUUACCAUCAAAGUCGAAAUCGGAUAGUAGCAUGCCCAACUCAGGUGACAGCGCCGUCUCCCAACUUCUGGGCAAACUCGACGAGGCUGGACAGACUAUAGCCAACCUUCGAUCCAUCCUCACCUUCAAAACCGCCGAACUAAAUGAGCUAGUUGGACAACUAGAAUUAACGAACCAGGCUAUCGAGAACGUCGAAACCACAACAGCCCACAUCGAAAUCAUGUUGACAGAAAUGGGCUUGGAUACCAUCGAGCAUCAUACCCGCGAAAGCAUGCUUCUUACUGCUCAAGCCAGUUUAGAUCAUGCCCUCAAGUCAGCCAAUACCAUUUAUGCGAAUGAAAGCGAACACAACGGAGUGAAAUUAUCGAGACGGCGAAGUCUGGCAAGUAGUAGUAGCGGUGGCAUUCAUUCAGAAAAUGGCGAAAAGAAGGAGAGAAUGACUUCAAGCUAUGGUCCUUCUAAAAUUCGGUAUAAGCCUGACUCCAAGCCAAUAUUAAGACAAUUACAUGAGGUCAUCAGGCAACUUGGCUUGGACUCUGCAAAAUUUUUCUCAUGUAUUGGAUCGACUGAUGACGUGCAAAAAUUGCAAAAGGCCUAUGUUGAUCUUGAAAUUGCCAAAACCAUUUCACUUGCUGCGAAAACCAAUAUGAAACGCCGCACAAUUAUGCUGAGGCGCGCAAGAAGGCGAGAUAAUUUAGAAGAGAUUGAUAUUCUAGGACUCAAAAUCCGGGAAGCGGUUUCAAUGUGGCAAGAGUACACUUAUUCUGCCCCUUUACUAGUUGAUGGAAAGGAUAUCUUGGACAUCCUUGACCGUGAAGAUGAUUUAAUAUCGAAGAACCUACCCGUGUAUAAAAGAAUGUCUAUAGAUAUCAGCAAUCGGAAUUCUCCAACGCCAACCACAUCAGGGACUACUCGAAGGCUGAAGGCAACUUCGUCCACGGGGUCCAACGGGUCCAAUCCGAGCACACCUACUAAACUGACUUCGGCCGAGUUCGCAGCUGACACGCCUGAUAACAACAGUUCAACACACCUUGCCUCGCCACAUAGAUUUGCCACUAUUUCUGGUGGGAUGAAAAGCAAGACUCUUCAUCGUCACUCUGCCGGUGCAACGGUGCGUCCCACCAGUAUUGUAAAGCCUAGUAUGACCUCAGCUAGUACGAUGUUACCACGUGCACCGCUCGUGAUGAAAUCGACGACGAACAACAACCCCACCAUCAACAUUAAGAAAGACGUUACUGAAGCACCACGGCCAAGUGCCGCUGUCCAAAAUGCAAACGGAGGCUCAGUAGAAAAUGAUGGCAGAAAAGAAAGUAAAUUACAAAAGCCAUCGUAUAUGGGACCAGGGUCUACGUUGAGACUACGAUCGAUGAUGGCGAAACGCAACGCAACUAACAUAUAAAUAUUAUCCCAAUAAAUGUUAUUAUUUCAGAAAGAAGAGCGAUCUCC